UUGAGGGCAAACCAUGAACAUUGCUGCGAGCAAUGUGGCAUGGCUGCGUGGAAGCCCCCAGCAGCUCACACACUCUGCGAGCAGUCGAAGGAAGCGCAGGUCGGUUAUUUGAAGAUGAGCUGGAGAGGCUUCGGGCCGGAACCAGGAAUUCAAAGCACCAUGCUGACAGCGAGGGUAGCUUGCAGCUUGCCCCCCUAGAGCUACGAAGAAAUGAUCCAAACGUGCGCAUUGGACAGCCGCCACCGGACCGUCUUAUACGGGAAGUGAAGCAGAAGGAAAAGGACAUUGCACUCGUGGACAUUUCUGCGAGCCAGGACGGUUCGCUGCGCAAGCAAAUCCUGGUGCCAGCCGCCGUGGAUGCGCCAAGCGUCUAUCAUGGCGCCACUGUCCGGGCGCAGAUCACCGCAGCCUGUAAAAACUCGCGUUCUCCAGAGUCUUGCCUCCUUCACGGGCCAAAAGAGCACAUUUGGUCAGCAGCUUGUGGGGCUCGAUGCCAGCUCGUGGAGUUGACGAUUUCAUCGAUGAAGCAACUUUGCGCCACAUCUUGUUCCGCAAUAACUUAUUUGUUCUUGAGCACGCCCCCGCAAUCCCAUCCGAUUUGGAGCCGUGGCCCAAGGCUUGGCGAAUCUUGCGUCGCCAGCAGUGGGAAUGCGGAGCUCUAUGUUGACAGGGCUCUUGGGAUCGCAGGUGCUCACGAAGAGGUGGAGUACAGCGUAGUCUUGAAGGACAUCAGCCCCCCAUGGCCUGCUGACUGCAGGCCAAGCGCGCUGUUGCUUUGGGCGGACGAGCAGAAGCAAAUCGCAACCCAGAUGCUCCAACAAGACCAGGUGCACCUGGCACUUUUAAAGUUUUUGAUGCUGCAUGAGAUGACGAAUAGAACCGACACAGGUCAGCCGAACUCCCACACAGAGCUGAAAGCGCUGAGCCGCGCAUGCAGGCUAAAUGCGGCCGUUUGCCUGGGGCGGCUCUCCCAGUGGCGCCGCGUCUGCGAAAUUUGCUCAGAUGUACUUGCAGAAGACCCUUGUAACCAGAAGGCGCUGUACCGGCGAGGUCAGGCAUCUUUGCGGAUGGGCCUUGCGCCGGCGGCCCAAGAGGACUUUGCAAAGGCCUUGCAGGUGGAUCCAGACAGCAAGGAGAUUCAGAGACAAGUGUCGUAUUGCGAGAAGCUGCUGACUUUGCCAAUUGACAAAACAAAACGCGGAGAGCGCAGCAAGGUGGACAACAAGUGGGCGUAGCGAUGGGCACUUUGACGGCAUCGCCUGCGAUGGACAGGCCACAAGAGCCUUUUUGGGCCUACGCGUGGCCGCGCAAAACGGAUUUGGCCGCGCCCUAUUGCUCCGGUUGAGCGACCAUUUAUACCGUCACUGCCC